AUGGACUCCAUGUUCGAGGACGACAUCAGCAUCCUGACACAGGAGGCGCUGGGGCCGGACGAGGACUGGCUGGACAGCCCCAACACCGACCUGUCGGGAGAGAUGUGCUCGGCCUCGCACUUCGCCCUCAUCACCGCCUACGAUGACAUCAAGAACCGGCUCACGGGGCUCGAGAGGGAGAACUCCACGCUCAAGCGCCGCCUCAAGAUGUACGAGGUCAAGUACCCCCUGAUCGGCGAAUUCGGCGAGGAGCACAUCUUCUCCCUCUACGAGGCCAAGGAGAAUUCGCUGCUCAAGAGCGAGAAGGCGUCGCUGCAGCAGCAGCUCAACCAGUUCCAGCACGAGCUGCAGAAGAGCAAAGAGCGGGAGGAGCAGCUGGAGGAGAUGAUCCAGGCGUACGAGAAGCUGUGCGUGGAGAAGGCGGACCUGGAGACCGAGCUGGGAGAGAUGCGGGCGCUGGUGGAGACGCACCUGAGCCGCAUCCGCAGCUUGGAGCAGCAGCUGAGGCAGCGCGACAGCGGCGCCUUCCCCGGGCUGGGCACCCAGGACGUGCCUUUCAUCGCCCUGCACCCCAACCCCGGCCUGAGCCACGUGCUGGAGCGAGCCGGGGGCUGGCAGAGCCGCGGGCUGGAGGCUGAGCUGGAGGCGGCGCGGCAGGAGAACCAGCGAGCCCAGCACCGCGAGGAGCAUCUCAAGGCAGAGUGCGAGAGGCUGCAGGAGGAGCUGAAGCACCUGCAGGACACCCGGGAGCAGGAGCAGUCGGAGCUGAACAUGGCCUGGGUGAAGAAGGUGGGCGAUGACCAGGUGAACCUGGCCCUGGCCUACACGGAGCUGACGGAGGAGCUGUGCCGCCUGCGGAACCUCAGCUCCCUGCAGAGCCAGAUCCUGCGGGCGCUGCUGCAGGAAAAGAGUCUCAACGGUGGCCAGCGCCACUCGCCGCUGUCCCAGUGUCACUCCCCGGCUCAGCAGCGCCGCUCGCCCGCCCCGCAGUGCCCCUCGCCCGUUCCACCGGGACGCUCCCAGUGCCAAUCUCCCGUUCUCCAACGCCGCUCACCGGGACCCCCGAGCCAAUCUCCGGCCCAGCAGCGCCGCUCGCCGGCCCCCGGCCCUUGCCAGUCCCCUGCCCAGCAGCGCCGCUCCCCGGUGCCACCCCCGAGCCAGUCGCCCGCCCAGCAGCGCCGCUCGCCAGCGCCGCCACCUCCGCCUUGCCCGUCCCCAACCUCGGCGUCCCCGCACCGCCUGCCCGGCGAGAGGAUGGAGCUGGGCUACGCCAAACCCUCGAGUCGCCACAUCAAGGCCGGCUUCCAGGGCCGCCGCAGCUACUCGGAGGUGACCAACGUGGCCCUGUACCAGCAGAGCCGCUCGCUCUGGCUGCAGCCCGAAGCCUCCACGCUCCCCAAGCACCGGCCCUACGGCGAGGUUUAUCUGGGGGGGGCUGGAGCCCCUCUGAGCGCCCACGAGCCUUUCGAGGAGCACGUCCGCUUCGAGAAGCAGUCGUCGGAUGAGGAGGAGUGGGCGCUGCCCAGCCCACCCAGCCCCGAGGCCGGUGCCAUCCGCUGCGCCUCCUUCUGCGCCGGUUUCCCCGUGCCCGACGCCGACACCGUGCACCGGACGGCGGCCGCCUACGCCCGGGCCGAGCACGCCCAGUCCUGGCCUUCCAUCAAUCUGCUGCUGGAGACGGUGGACUCGGAGGUGCGGAGCUGCCCGCUGUGCCAGCUGGCCUUCCCCAUCGGGUACCCGGACGAUGCCCUGGUCAAACACAUCGACUCGCACCUGGAGAACAGCAAGAUCUGA